GUUUUUGUUUUUUUUUACCGGAAUGUCAUGAAAAGAGUUGAUUUGAUAAAUUCAAAUUAUUUGAAUCAUUCUGAAAAUGACCGACAUUUUAUUAUUGAAAAUAGCCAAAAGUGAAAUUGACCUAGAUAGCUUCAAGAAUUGGAUUUUAUCCAAGGACAACAAUGUUGAUUUUGAAUGUUCCCCGACCGCCUUUUUAUCAUAUUUUCUAAAUUUUAUACACGAAGAGAUAUUGGGAACCCAUUGUAAAUCUAGUGAAAGCCCACUGAAAUGUACACCUAGAAAAAUUUCAACAAUAAAGUCAGAUGAAAAUGGAAGAAAGAGACCCAGUCUUACAAAUAAAUCACUGGAAAAAAGUUUCAGUGAGGUCUCAGUAGAUGGUAACUCAAGCACUCCAAAAAUGUUGAGAAUACAAUCUAACUCAGAAUCAAAUGCCUGCUACUACAGUCCCAUAUCGCCGCUCUACAAAAAUAAACCCACAUUUGCUACACCCAAAACUCAAAAAGUUAAUGUUAGUCAAAAAUCUCCUUUUUGUCUGGGAGAUUUUAUAGUAAAUAAGAAAUCUUCUUCAAAAAAGAAAAGCAACAGUAGCACUGGAGAUGUGUUGGAAGAAUCUAGUAGAAGAAUAACACCAACUUGUAUUAGUCAAGUGAAAUCUAGUGAGAGCUUUAGGAAAACUUCAAAUAGUUUUGCAAAUUUCAAUACCACAGAAAUGUCUGUAAAUAGUCCUGUUGAAACUAGAAAUUCUCUGGCUGUAGAACGAUUGAAAAUAUUAUCAAGAAAUACUAAUGACAACAAAAUUUGUGAGAACAGACUGAUUAAUAGCAAACUGUUUCAAAGGAUAGAAAUAGUGCCCUACUUGGGUUCUGUCACUUUCAAAGAACAGCUAGAUAAUUUAGCUGCAGUGUAUAUAACAAUAAUCAAUAACAAUCUAGUGCUAAAUAUAACUAGUGAAAUUUACUUUUUGAUAUCUCUAUUGCUGAGUAAAAGGUAUAGCAAUGAUUCUUUGAAUGAUUCUCCCAUGGGAGUAGACUUUCUGAGUGAGGAAGACAAAAAUGAACUGGAUUUAAGUGACAAGACUGUUCAGGAAUGCUCAGAUUUUUUCUCAAGCAUCCACAACAUUGUGUACUUCUCUGUGAGAUGUUUGAAGUCUCAGUUACAAGUGCUUAAACACUAUGACAAGACAACAUUAAAGUUGUUGGCUCUCAAUGAAAGAUUAAGGAUUUUUUCACCUAAAUUUGCUAACCAUUUGAAUAAACUUUCUGAGAUGAAAGAUGAAAGGGUUAUAGAAACUGCCAGUUAUUUGCUUCAGACAAAUGUUUGUUUCAAUUUGGACACAGAUAAUAGAGAAAACUUUCCAAGUAACAGUAGUUUUCAGUCAUUCAAGAAGCAAAGAGAUUUGUUCUAUGAGAUUUUGAGGGUAUGGGAAGUGAAUCAUAUGUUGGAUAGAUGGGAUUUUUCUAUUGGUUUAGGUGGUAGGAUCAAAGCUCUGUUCAGUUUGGAUGGUGAACCUGCUAAUUUUAUGCAUUUUUCAAGGUUGUUCAAGGCACAACUGUUGAGCACUUCUCAAACUUCACAAAAGGAACAAGGUAUUUCAGAAGAGCAGCUACCAUUUCUAUUGUCCUUACCUUCUAUCGAUAAAGAGAAACUGCAUCGAUUGAAGAAUCGUCUGGUCGAGAAAAAUGUCACCAGAGGGUUGAAUUCGCCCCCGCAAUUUGCGGGCUACCAAGCGUUCUAUAGGGAUUUCAUAUUGGAAGCUAAAAAUCACUGUUUCAACCGACACUUGUGUGAUACUCUUAUAUAUGAGAUCGUGGAACUGAACAGUAAUAAGUUUGGGUUUGUUGAUCUAGAUGAUACUGAUACCCAAGUCGACACUGAAACAAGAAAAUCCUAUUUUUUGGCUCUAAAGAAUCUCAGAAUUCUAGCAAAGUUUCUAGGAUUUAUCGAAUCACUACCAUAUAAUUCAGAUACCCCAAACGUACCCGAAAAUCUUCUCAAUUCUAACAUACGCAUCAGAAGUCAGUCUAUCCCUUCCUUCGACUUGACACAAUGUCUAGCGACUUCCGUAAAACAGAACACCGUCGUGUUGACGGUCCCGUGGACGGUCGAAUAUCUCGCCAUGUUAGAUCACGUGACCUUGCGUCUGCCCUGCUACGUGUCCGUACACAGGGCGUUGUUCCAUUUGCACAGGUGCUACGAGGGUGCGGAGUAUAACGUCGCGCUGGUGAGAUUCUCGUUAGGGUGGUUGUUCGAGUUGCCGCACUUCCCCGACGGGGAGUACUUUGAUUUUCAAAGGAGGGACGAUUUGGUGGGGAUGGGGCGGGUCGGUUCUUUGGAUUUCACGGAUGUGGUCGAUGGGAAUAUUUUGUACGAUUGUUGUCCGUUUCUGACGAAGAUAAAGGAGCUGUUGGCCAGUAGUUCGGUGCAGAAUACCGUCACUGUCAAACAUAUAACGCCUGUCACCACUUCGGAUUCCGCAGAGAGUUUAUUGAAGAGGAGAUCUGAGCAACUGUUGGAAGAUGCUUUUUUUAAUGGUCAACCUGCCUCUUUGAGGAAAACAGUCGAAUUUGUUAGUGAAAGAAUAGCGUCUGCUUGCGUUAAGCAUAUCUGUAAUGAUAUUGUUCCAUCUUCCAAGAAAAAUGCUUUGGACGAAUUGAAAGUGUUCCUGGAAUCUUGGAUCAAUGAUGGCCAAGUCGUGUCACCUGCUAAAGGAAAAACACAGAAGGCUCAACUAAAGUCACAAGUCACCCAGAUGGCGCAAAAGCAACUCUCUACUCUUCUCGAUCGAUGCAAGACAGAAGUGACUGGCAUUCUGUGCGGAAAAAUACCACCGUCGAUUGACAGCUUGCUAGCUAUCGACACUUUACCUCAGACAAAAAAUGCUUGCGUUUCUAUAUCUGCGAAAAUCUGCAAGGAAAGGAUAAAGCAGUGGAUGAAUGCACACGUGACUUUGUCUAUUUUCACUAAAGAUUUCGAAAGCGAGGUACAAAAGACUAUCAACACCGAUGGCAAGAAGGCCGGGAAAGAAAAACCCAUUUUUGCGCUUCCAUCUGGUGGCAAUAAGGACAGUCAUGAUGACAGGUGUCUGAGUGGCUUUCAUCUUCUAGAAAAAAUCAAGUUGAUAUUCUGGAAAAUCCGGAUGCUGUAAAUGAAGAGUCAGUCGAAGCUGUGGUAGGGGGCGCUGUUGACAGUUUCCGCAACAGGUGUGACGUAAAUGACAGUAUAAAGUCCUACAUUUGUUCAUUACUUGUUGAUUUUCUGUUGUUAUUGAUGGUGCAUAAGCCUGGAUUGAAUGUGGGCGAUCAUUUGCUGAGAAUGUUCGUUGAUGUUUGGAGAUGUUAUGGAAGAGCAGAGGAACUUUUUAAAAGUCUGUUAUGCUCAAGGAAUAUUUUAUUGAUACGUCAAAGUAGUGAUGAAAAAAAGACUUGGUCGUGUUAUGCAAAUUUCGUUGCAUUUUUAUUGAAGGAAAAUGUUCUUUCAUGUGAUAAUUUCGAGGAACAGUGUACAGGGUUUUUCGAAAAACAAUGGGACCAGGAAUCCAGUACGAAUGCUUGUUAUUUUAUUAAAGAAUUCGUUGAAAAGUUUAAAAACAAUGGUGGUGACACAAGUAGAUUUGUUUUACUUCAAGAGAUUUUAUCGAAGUUUUGUAUAGAUUCGUAAAUACGUCCAUUUUAUUUUUACCUGUUUCAUCUAUUUAUUGACUAUAUUUUAAUAAAAAAAUCACAUAACUGACGUAAUCACGUGAAUUUAUUUCAUUUGCAUUACAAAAAUAUUUAUUUUCUUGUUCUUGGGAAGCUCAUAUCAAUGUAUAACUUGGCACCCUACUGGUUCAUCUGAUCUAUCAGGACAAUCAAAAUUCCCAUCGCAAAAAUUUUCUUUCGGUAUGCAAUGGCUGUCGACGCAGGGAAAUU